ACCCUGCCGGGUCCUAGCGCUGGGUGGGUAACAUGUUGCUCUCUUCCAGGUCCCACUGCAUACGCUGUCUUCAAGAAAAAAUGAAUGAUAGUCGCAAGGCGUAACCAUUGUAAGUUGUGUUUCACCGCUGAGGCCGUGAAGCGGGCUGCCAGCGCUUAAGCGAUGCGUAUCAUUUUAGUGAAAGCAGCCGGGCAGCGGUGGCAUCAGAGCGGAAGGAGGCUAGUGUGGAUGGCUGGGGCCUGAUCUGGAUGACUGCAGCAAGAAUGGCAAAAAGGCUGCAGAGGCCAUGUCCCUCAGUAAAGAGGACAUGUCCAUCUUUGGCCUCUACCCGGGCCAUGAUGACUUCUACCUGGUGGUGUGCAGCCAUUGUGGCCAGGUUGUGAAACCACAGGCAUUUGAAAAGCACUGCGAGCGGAGACAUGGUCCUCUGGCCAAGCUGUACGCCCGGCUGCGCUCCCCCACCCCUGCACCUCAGCCCCAGCAGAGAGCGCAUCACGGCCACUCUCCUUCUCACGGGACCAACACUGCCUCCGCUUCUUCGUGGGAGGGUCGAGGCCAGGGCGUCGGGCAGCUGCGGGCAGCCCCAUCCUCACCUUCCACUCCUCCUCAGUUCAGACACUCCAAGAACUCCAAGGAUGGAGUACGACAUUCCCCGCUAGAGAAGUCCUCCCACAGCAGCCAUACAGAGUCAUCAGUAUUCAAACAGCCGCCGCCUCUGGAGCCUCCCAUGAGCUCUCCACCUCCUUCACUCAGAGACCCUCCCUGGCCUCAUGGAGGCACUCCGCCUGGUCGGCCUUCACCCAGUGACAGACACCCGACACAGAGGAAGGACUCCUCGCAGCCCUCUGCGGUGGCAGGUCACCGGAUCCCCCGGCCCUACAACAAAGUGGCCUCCAAGAGGGAGUGUGACUUGGACAAACACUGCGGCGUUCUCGACCCCGACAGGAAGAAAGUCUGCACUCGCCUUUUGACAUGCAAUAUUCACUCCAUCCACCAGCGGAGGAAGGUGGUGGGCCGCAGCAAGAACUUUGACCAGCUAGUGGCGGAACUCAAGACCAAGGUUCGGGAGAAAGGGGCCCAAGCCCUGGAUGGAGGUUCUUCCACUGGACGGUCCCCCAGCCCUGAGCCCCCCAGAGAGCAGGCCGGCGCUCCACACUGCAGGAGACUUCUGGCCAGCCUCCCCGCUUUCAGCCGGUCUACAGCUGGGUCAGAAAGCACCACAGAGGAGGAGAAGCAGCGGCAGGAUGAGGCUGGUCUUCGAGCCCCCUCACCUCUCGUCCAUGGCCGAAUAUCCAGCGAUGAAAGCGAGGCAGAAUCACCCGAGGAGCCGCCUCAGUUCCCGUCUUCAGCUGCACAUCCCAGACCGUUAGCGGUGUGUUCAUUUGGCAGCCAUGCGCUGGGUCAUGGCAUCUACACGUUUGACCGGAGGCUUCACCACCUGAGGUCGGCUCUGGGCAGCAUGCUGGAGCAGCACAUCAGCGCUCAUCUUUGGAAGAAAAUACCUCAAGCCACAGACCUUCAAUCCUCACCUCCCACAGCAAAGGCCAUCGCAUGCUCGUCUCCCUCCUCUGCGUCGUCGUCCUCCUCCUCGCUCCAUUGUAAGGUCCGCACAGGAAGUCACAUCAGCUCCUCCCUCAAAACAGCAUCUUCCUCGUCCUCUUCCAGUCGUGGGCCAGGAAGACCCCCAACAGCCAUACCAUCAGAGAACACUGGGGGCAGCGUCGGCAGCGUCGUGGGCGGUCAUCUGACGUCUCCGGGAAAACUGGCAGCGGUGCGUCAGGGAAGUCCUGGGCGACUGAAGAAUCCAGUAGGGCGUCCCAGCAAACAGAUGCUGAAGCUGCGAGAGGAGGCUGCUGCAGCUGCUGCCCUCCGUAAGCGCAAAGCCCCGUUCCAGGAAGGAGAGCACUCAGGCCCCGAUAGGAACUGCAUCGUCCUUCAGGACAGGGGCCGCCCACCCCCCACUGUUUCCUCUUCCAAAGCCCCCAUUUCCUCACCCCUCCCACACGGACAAACCAACGGCACGCUCUCCCCCAGCAGCAAACCCCGUCCCCAGCCUUCCCCCUCAGAGUCCCACUCGCCAGCCGCCAAAGCAGUCUGGAUGUGCAGACGAACACACGCCCCUCUGGGCCACUCCUCUCCCCCAGACCCUUCCUCCACCACCAAUUCCCACAGCCGGCCUGGCGUGGGGGACUCAGGAUUGCACGGGCAGGGCAGCGGACGGGGCUUUGAGCACCAGGGACUGGUGAAAAAACGCAAGGGGGGUGGCAUGGAGGACUACUCCCCCUCCUCCAAACCCUCAGUGCACCGCCUGCCCUCCUCCUCCUCCUCUAGCUCUGCCACCUCCUCCUCUCCACGCUCCAACUUCUACACCUGGAAGGACAGUAAAGGUGGGGGGCUGGCUGGGGGUGUGGAGAAGAAACUGGGCACACAGAAGGUAGGUUUGGAGGAGGGAAAAUUAGGGUAGUGAAAAGGAUAGACAGGACAGUUAACAUUACAAUGCACAAAUUUCUCCUCUCCGUUUAGACGCUUAUUAUACACUUCCAUUUCUGCUCUCUGAAACAUCCUCUAAAAGUGAAAUUCAGGCAAAACAAAGAUCAAGAUCUGAACUAUCAUUUUGAAAGAAAAUGCAACAGAAGAGUAAUGUUUUUGAGUAUUAGCACACUUAUGGUGUUAGCAGUUUUUGCUGACUUUUUGAAACUUAAUUUAUCGUGUUACUGGGACGCUGAUCUUAGCUGACUGCAGCUGCUUUCCUCUGUAAAGGAACUUCAGUUUGAGGGACUCACACUUAAAUGAACGAAGAUGCUUUAGAUGAAAUGCAACAAGGUUGUUCUCAUCUUGUAAGCAGUCAGUGCUCAGACAUGUGGUCUGUGGUGCCUGUAGUCACGUUUUAGUUUGGCUCCUAGACAAACAUUCUAAAUGGAUUAUCUUUAAAAAGUUUCCCAGCUUACCAUCUGUCCUUUGGUUAAGAGCUGUUUCCAUGGCAACAGUCAGUGACACCUAGUAGCCAUGAUGGACAGCUGCAAGCCUGUCUUGGGAUGUGCAUCUUAUGAUUUAACGAGCAGUUAGAAACAGUUCCUCUGUGGGAUUUAAGUGAGCUUAGUGAAAGCUACCAUCAGCUCAAAUUUGAAAAAAUUGAGUUGAAAAAUCAGCCAAAUGUAAAGAUUUAUACAUUUGGUUGGUCUUUGAUGGUCUUAGCCAGCCAUCCCAUUUUCUGAUUCUAACUUUUUCGGCACCAGUUUGUUUGUUUUUUCUGUGCUAUGCUGUACAAUUCUAAAGUGGAUAUACAAAUCAGCUGUAAACCUGAAAGUAAUAUUUUACAACAUUUUCUUUUUUC